UCUCUCUCUCUGCCAAGUGGUCAAAGGAAACUGAGAAAAGAGUUACAAACAGUCAAACUGUUUCUGUUCUUUGAAAAAAAACCAAACUCAAAACGAAACUAUUUCAAAGCUGGCUCGCCUUCUCACAAAACACCAAACGAAUAAAGAAUACUGGUCAGGUUUUCUUCGAGGAUUUAUUUAUUUAAAGUAUGGCAACACCAUAUCGAUUACCGUCCAAUUACAUGAGACAGCAAGGCAAUUCUGGCAGACACUUUGUUGGACGACAUGAUGACAGGGAAAAACUGAAGAUCUUGAUCAAGGAUGAAGAUACUCAAAUAAUACAAAUUUAUGGACUGCCUUAUGUUGGCAAAACAAGUCUUGUGAAAACUGUCUGUGAAGAAUUGAAGGAUGAAAUCAACCCCGAAAGACUCCACAUAAAACACAUCCAUAUUUCUAAUAAUAGCAGUUGGUCUGAUAUUUCCAACAUGUACAAUACAUUCACCAAUUGUUCCACUAUCACCAACACGAAAUGGAAAAUUUGUAUUUUUGAUGAUUUCCAGAACAUUCAAGAAAGCUUCCUUCAAGGUUUCCAGGAGCUUUGUGACAAUGACUUUCCACUGCACAGAAAUCUAAAAAUCAUUCUCAUAUUAAGUAGUGGAGAACCAUUUCAGUUUGAUGGAAUCAGGUUUGGAAAGUGUAAAGUGAGUCCAUUGUCCAUUAAAGAUGCCCAGCUUCUUUUCGGUCGCUGUUCAGACAUUGAGACGGAUGAUGAGAACAAAGAACAAAUACACAACAUCAUCAGAUAUGCCUGUGGCCUGCCAGGACUUCUUAUUUACUUUGCAGAAAAAUUCUCCCAGUUUCAUCAUCAUUUCUCUUUUGAUGAUAUCUACAAAAUGAUUUGUGAUGAAACCAAGCUCAAUGACUGGCUGGACGAAUGUACAAUUAACAGACGUAAUAUUAAGCAAGAAAUGGACAAGUACUUUUCUCAACUCUCUCACAAACAGCAAGAAGCUAUCAAAGUGCUUUCAUAUUUUCCUGGAAGAUUUGGUAUUGAGGAAGCUGUUGAAAUGACUGAUUCUUCUAGUCAACCAGCUUCAAUGAUACGUGUUCUGAUGCCGCUUGUUGAACAAGGUUUGAUCAGUUCAGAUUUAGAAUUACAGACUUUCCAAGUGCAACAGUUAGUACGUGUACUUUCUAUGCAACAGAUAGACAAUGUACACAGCAAUGAUUUGGUAAAGCUCAAAUAUACAAACAUUAUUGGGAAAAGUCUGAUGAAGGCUCAAGAUAUUUAUGAUAAAGGCCUCAUAUAUGAAGCGCUCGGAAUAAUGAACAACAACUGGGAAAAUAUUUCGUUUCUGAUGAAGAAAGGGAUUGAUGCACCCUCUGAUGGUAGGACAUAUGGAGUUUAUUAUGAGAUAGCAUUCAAAGCUUCCGAUAUGUUGAUGAUAUGCCACCCUAGAGAUUCAAGACAGUUUUUCGAAGCCUGUCUACAAAACUCCCUGUUAUUUGGCAAUGAAGAAGAACAAGCUUUCAUGAAGAUAACAUAUGGUGUAUCUUUGACAGAUUUACCAGGUUAUGGAGGAUACAAAGAAGCCAUGGUGUACUACAAGAAGGCCAUGGAUGUAUUGAAAUCUAGAAACAUCCAGUACCGACAGAUGCUGCUGUACAAUAGCAUGGCUUACAAUGCCUAUAUGCGGGGCAAUUAUGUGGAAGCCUUGAAUUUUGCAGAAGCCGGUUACAACAUGACUGCUGAUGAUGCCAACCCACAGAUGGUGCUGAAUGCAAGGAUCACAUGUGCCUCUACCAUGGCCUACAACCUCUUGUUUGUUGGUUUUUAUGACAGAUGCGAGAAAUUAUUGAUGGAAAACUUGGAGAAAGCCUCACAUCAUCCCAGUCUAGCUGUUAUGUUGAACACAAUGGGUAUUAAUUAUGAAAGGAAUGGUGCACAAAUGGAGCGAGCAUUGCAUUUUUAUAAUGCUUCCCUUGUUGAAAGACUAAAAGUUGUGACUGUAAACCCCAAGAAAUCUGUGAUAGCAUACUGCAAUGUAGCAAAUGUCCUGUCUCAAAAUUGUGGGAAGCACCACAUGGCCUUGAAACUUUUGUUCAAUGCAGAGAAGAUCCAAAAAAAUAACGGCUGGCUCCAUAUAAACACUGGUUUGGUGCUCAUUCACAUUGCUCAAAUAUAUUUGAGAAUGUGUGAAAUCUCCGACUGUCUGACAACAUUGCACGAGGCUUUGGCCAUCUACGACCACAUAGACCCAAACUACAUCGGAAAGAUCAAGGUCCUGCAACUGAUUGCUCACUGCUAUCUGCUGAACGAGGAAUUUGACAAUGCCAAGAAGUAUUUCAAGAACAUAUCGGAAGUUAAUAGUGACAACUUUUUGAGCAGCGUGUCAGAGGUUGAAGUCUUCUCAAUGGCUUUGGAACACCUGGUUUAUCUCAGUUUGGAAGAUCCACAGAACCAGCUGAUUCAUAUCGAGAAUAUUUUGAACCAUCUAAGACAACUAUAUAAACGAAGUGUAAAUGAGAAACAGAAGCUACGAUAUUUCAAUGCUAUUGGCAAGUACCAGUCCUUGAAAAUACUCCUGGUAGAUAGACUCAACCAAAAUGAAGAACGGGCUGGACUCCUCAUGGACUCAGUCCCGGUUCUUUGUAAUUAUUGUAAGACCUUCAGGCAGUAUUUUAAUUGCACUCAAGAGAAUUAUAUUCAUAAACUCUGCGGAUUAAGAUCUAAUUUAUUUGAAGUCGAAUUUCAACAACAAUUAAAGAUUGUAGAAUAAAA